GUCACUGAAUCCAUCACCAGGACCCCCAAAGGACCCUGAAACAGGGACAUCGGGAAUGGCCUUAGCUCUGCCCGUCACCAUGGGGACAUCGGGAAGCCACUGCCAGCGCUCCGGCCUUGUCACCCACUGGUGGGGACACAAGUAGCCCUUGGGGACAUUAAAAAGGGUGCUAAAUGUCACCCAAUCCGUCAUCACGAGCCCCAAAGGACCCCAAAAUCCAGACAUCGGGAAUGACCUUAGCUCUGCUCGUUGCCAUGGGGACGUCGGGGAGCCACUGCCAGCGCUCCACCCUUGUCACCCACCGACGGGGACACGAGUCACCUUGGGGACCCCUGAAUUCAGCUCUGCCCCCCAUCUGUGUCCCCAAAUUCACCUCUGCCGCCGCACCCUGCAGCCCCUGGGACCUGGAGCUCCCCUUUCCCGGUCCCCUUAACUCCACCCCUCCCUUCCUCGGGGAUGGGGGACACAGGAUGAGGCCCCAAACUGAGGCAAAAACCUGCCGAAAUGGGGAAAAGUGUGUCCCCCCGCCGCGGGUGUAUGGGGGGGGGAGGGGGGGCACCAUCGAGUCGCGGUCCUCCGAGCGGCACAGAGCGGCCCCUGGCGGUCCCCGAGCGCUUCCCGGGGCGCGGGGGCGGUGGUGGUUCUGCGGUGCUCCGGCCAUGGAGGAGCCGCCUGGUGAUGGGGACAGCGGGACGUUACCCAGUGCCCACAGAGGCACCGUGAAGUCCCCAGAGACGGACACUUCUGAGAGCCUGGUGACGUCACCACCACUGCCCCCGUCACCUGGGCUGGGCUGCCCCUGGGGGCUGCCCCCCACGUCCCCCGCAGGUACCCGGAAACCCUACAAGUGCACCGAAUGCGGCAAGGCCUUUGGGCAGAGCUCGCACCUGAUGCGACACUUGGGCACCCACACGGGCGAGAAGCCCUACAAGUGUGGGGCCUGCGCCAAGAGCUUCACCCAAAACUCCAACCUCCUGCAGCACCAGCGCACUCACACCGGCGAGAAACCCUACCAGUGCGGUGCUUGCGGCAAACGUUUCGGCUGGAGCUCCAACCUCAACCGCCACCGCCGUCUCCACAGCGGCCAGAAGCCCUUCCAGUGCGGCCAGUGCGGCAAACGCUUCGGCGAGAGCGCCCAUCUCCUGGAGCACCAACGCACCCACACUGGCGAGAAGCCCUACCGCUGUCCUGACUGCACCAAGACCUUCAGCCGCGGUUCCCACCUCGCUCGGCACCGGCGCCUCCACGCGGCUGAGCGAGGGCCCCGGCCAGCCCUGGCGGUGCAGCGGGGGCUCUGAGCAGCUCCCCAAGGUGAGGGGAGGAGGUGACAGAACAGAUGGUGGUGUCUGUGGUGGCCCUGGAGACGCGGUUUGCCCUGCUGGUAGCCAUCGUCAACAGGAAGAUUCAUAGAGGACCCGUGAUGUGGUCAAUGGCCGCUACAGCUCUUCUGUGGUGGCCACAGGGACAUGGUUUGCCCUGCUGGUGGCCAUCGUCAACGGGAAGAUUCAUGGCGGAAUAUAGCAUGGUCAUUCUGUGGUAGCCAUGGGGACAUGGUUUGCCCUGCUGGUGGCCAUUGUCAACAGGAGGCUUCAUGGAGGACCCAUGACAUGGUCAGUGGCUUCUACAGCCCUUCUGUGGGGGCCACGGGGACGUAGUGUGGCCCACUGGCACUCAUCGUCGAUGUAAACAACCUGGGGAAGACCCAUGAUGUGGCCAAUGACUCUAUGACCUUUCUGUGGUGGCCCUGGGGACAUGGUUUGGCUCCAUUAAUGCCUAUUGUUGGCUUGUGGGGAACCCAUGUAGGCAAAAGGCCAUGGGACUGGGGACAAAUGUGGACACAAAGACUUGGGGAGGACUCAUGAUGUGGCCAAUGGCUACCACAGCCCUUCUGUGGUAGCCAUGGUGAUGUUGUUUGGCCUUUUUGGUGUCCAUCAAGGACUUGGGAGGGGUCUGUGACUUGGCCAAUGGCAACUACAGCCCUUCUGUGGUGGCCACAGAGAUGUGGUUUGGCUCCACUGGUGCCCAUUGUCAAUACAAAGACUUGGUGAGGUCCCAUGAAGUGGCCAAUGGCUACCGCAG